AUGGCAGAAUGUAAUGGCGGAGAAAGUCUCUGUAAUCGUUCAUAUAGUGAUAUCACACACUUAAUAACGCACGAUUCCUAUGCGCUUUCUCCAAAUAUUGCGGCCACUCAAGAUACCACCAUUGUGGACCAGCUUAACGAUGGUGUUCGGGGAAUUAAGCUCACUGCCGCACCAUCCACAAAGGAUAAUUCGAUUAUACAUCUCUGUCAUACAUAUUGCCACAUUCUGGACGCAGGACUAGCAACAGACACCUUAAAUAAAAUUAAUAGCUGGCUCGAUGAAAACCCAAAAGAAGUUGUAACUAUUAUGUGGAAUAACUUGUAUAAUUUUAAGGCCACACAAAUUGCUGCAGUCUAUCAAGCCAGCGACAUUAUGCCGAAAGUUUAUUAUCACGAACAAUCUGACGAUUGGCCCACUCUUCAAAGAAUGAUUGAAACUGGAAAGCGUCUCGUAAAUUUUAUUGAUGCAGAAGCAGACAAUGAACAAGUACCAUGGUUAAUGGAUCAAUUUUCCCAUGUCUUUGAAACACCGUAUGAUAACACUGAUAUAAAUGCAUUCAACUGUAAUGUGGAUAGAAUUGGUCAAGAGAUGAAUCCGAAAGAACUUAUGUACGUUAUGAACCAUUUUCUAUAUGGUAUAAUCGAAUUGGGUUCUCUCAAAAUAGAAAUCCCGAUCAAAGAGCAGGCUCACAAUUCUAACAAUGAGAAAUCUCUGUCUGAUCAUGUUAAUAUGUGUAAAAGUGCAUUCGAUAAGAAACCCAAUUUCAUAGAAGUAGAUUUUUAUACUAUUGGCGAUGCGCUAUCCGUAGUAUCCAGUUUAAAUGACGUGAUGCCACCCUCUAUAUCGUCUAAAAAGCUUUCAGCCGCCUCAGUCAAUGGCACAUCAUCCCCUCCUCAUCACAUCAGUAUGUUACCAACGAACCAUGUUUUGAUUGACAAUGGUACAAAUAGAAGCUUAAACUAUAGAGGCACAAUGACCUUGUUAGUUCUACAUAGGGAUUUGGUUUUCUAUGAGAAAUGGCAUCACGAAGUCGGUGUACAACCUGAAGAUCUGUUAGUUGCACAGGCUAAAAAGUCGUAA